UCGGUGUGUUUAGUAGAAUCAAUAUUAUUCGUUCAAAGUUUGCUUCAAACCUACAAUGAUGUUGUUAAAAUUAAUUAUUCUUCUAAUUUGUGCCAGUUCAAUGGGUCAUUUAAUUACAAUAAAAUCGAAUGUUCCCGUUCCAUCGAAUAAAUUUUUAUUCACAGCAUCAAUAUCAUUUCAAUCGGAGCAUAUUUGUAGCGGUGUUAUCUUGAACAAACGAUGGAUUGUAAGUUCUGCGUUGUGUGUAGCAAAAUACUUCAAGUGCGCUAUGGAUCACAUAAUCGUAGUUGUAGUGAAAUAAUGAACGAUGACAUCGAAAAAGUCAUUGUUCAUCCUCGUUUCGAAUGGAAAAAAAGUCAAUUAAAUAAUAUUGCGUUGAUAAAAGUCAACAGUGAUAUUGAAUUCAUUCCGACCGUUGUUCAAGCAGCAAUUUUACCAAUGAAAGAAAUCGCUGACGGUGAUAUGGUGCACGCCGUUGGAUGGGAAAAAAUCGAUGAAUCGAAUCAAUCGGACACGCCCGAAAUUUUAAAAUAUCAUCAAACAAAUGUGAGUGAGUUUGAAUCAUGUGGGAGAUAUUUGCCACAUCUCGACAAUUUCGAAGCGAAAGAUCAAAUCCUUUGCACAUGUGCAACGACUGAUGAUACAUUUCCAGAAUUGGAUAAUGGCAGCGCAUUGAUUUCGAGCGAUAAAGAUGAAUUGAUUGGCAUUGCAGCAUGGCGAAAUGGUGAACAUCCGAAUGUUUAUGUCAAAAUACGAACAUUACUACCUUGGAUUAGAUCAGUUAUUUUUGAGUAG